CGCGUUAAAAAAAAACCCUAGACAGAGGAGAAAGGAUUAAGCGAUCGAAGCAAUAUCCAUAUUAAGUAAAAAAAACAUGGAAGAAGAAUGCAGAGUGCACCCGGAUUGUAUCAAUGCAUCAAAUCCAUUCCAUGAAUGUGUUGAAUAUUGCUUUAGAAAGAUUGCUGAAGCCAAGGCAAGAAAGGAUCAAGAAGAUACAGAAGCUGUGUUAUCUGAGCAUGGCCAGUAUGCUAGAUGUGCUGCAUAUCAAGAACAAGAUGUACAAUGUGGAGCACCAGAGCCGGAAGAAAAUUCCAAUGACGAUAGUGACCACCCAGCUGAAGAGAACGUUGAAGUAGAUGUUACAAACCUUACCGGGAGGCAGAAAAAAUUAUUUGAGUUGAGGCUGAAGAUGAAUGAGGCAAGGAAAGCCAAUCAAACAGCAAUGGUGACUGAAAAGAAAAGAAUGGAAGCACCUGAAUCUAGAGGAAUUUCUACAAAAUGGCUAGAGGAAAGGAAGAAAAAGAUAGGAAAACUUCUGGAUGCAAAUGGCUUGGAUUUGCAAAAGGCAUAUAUGCUAGACACUCAAGAGGCAGCCGAGUCAAAAUAUAAGAAAUGGGAAAAGGAUCCUGCUCCAUUUGGUUGGGAUGUCUUCAAUCAGAAGACAUUGUACAAUGCAUACAAAAAGCGGACGAAGAACAUUGAUGUUGACCUAGAAGAAUAUAACAAAAUGAAAGAAGCUGAUCCAGAGUUCUACCGUGAAGCUUCGAGCCUCCAAUAUGGGAAGGCACCUAAGAUUUCAGAAGAUAAGAUUGAGAAGAUGGUGAAAGAGCUUAAAGACCGGGAUGAAAAGCGCAAUUCGUUUAGCAGGAGGAGGAAGUUUCACGAAGAGAAGGAUAUUGAUUCCAUCAACGAUCGUAACGAGCAUUUCAACAAGAAGAUCGAGCGGGCCUUUGGAAAAUACACAUUGGAAAUUAAAAAUAAUCUUGAACGAGGAACUGCAUUGCCUGACUAAGGUAAUAUACUCAGUUCGAUGUCUUUGUGUGAAUGCCUGUCUGGCUUCCUUGCAUUCACAAAUUCGUGGUUAUGUAUUCAUUUUCUUAGAAUCUGAACAUGGCAUCCUGGUUUGACCGGAUGGUACUUAUCAAUGCCUGGUACUCGUACACCUCGGAAUGUAUUUCAUGCAUUCGAACCUU